CUCAAAUUCUCCAAUCUUCUUCCUCCUCCUCCGCCCCGCAGCUCUCUAAUCCCAGUUCAUCCUGCCACUACUUGGGUCCCUCCACCAUAAGACUUUUUGAAGAUCAACGUAGACGCAGCUGUUUGUGCCACCGGUUGUUCGUCUGGGCUUGUUAUCCGUGGGUCAGACGGGCAUGUGGUGUUGGCGCUCGUGCUGCAGCAUCAAGGAAUAGUCUAUCCUUAUCUGGCAGAGCUUCUAGCUUUUAGAGUCGCCAUCUCCAUCGUAGCAUCAAGAUCCUUGACCCACGUGAUAGUCGAAGGUGAUUCCGAAGUGGUGGUCUACCAAGUCCGACAAGGCGUCUUUGAAGUCUCUUUUGGUGGUCUGGUGUUACGAGAGUGUCUUCAAAUCCUUAGCUCUUUGUCUGUUUGUAUAGAGUUUAGGGCGGUACAUAGAUCCGCCAUCAGUGCUGCCCAUAGACUGGCGCGUAAAGCACUGCUUUUGUCUCGUGUAGAGCUAGAAUCUUUUGAUUUUUUUGGGGUGGCUUCUUUAGAAUCUGUUAGGGGGUCCUGGGUAGAAUUGUAAGUUUAACUAUUUUCUUCUAUUGAUAUCACUCAGAAAUAAAAAAAAAAUUGCAUGGUUGGUCAGUGAGAUUACAAAAAAAUUUCAAGUUUGGUCACUCGAAAUAUUUGAAUCUAUUGAUGGUACUUCAGUUUAUUCAAAUCGUUCACGUUUGAUCACUAUUUGUCCAACUCUGUUAACUUGGGUUGAUGUGGCAGUCAACUCUCAAAAUUGACCAUUAACUUAGUGACGUGACAACUAAAAAAUUAUUAAAAAUAAAAAAAAUAAAUUGUUAUAUUUUCCACCUCAUUAUUUCAUUCACUAAAAAAUACGUUUGGGUACCGGUUUGGCCAGACCAAGAUACGGCCACGGGCCACCACUUGCCUAACGGAAAGUAGAACGACGUCGUAUUGGGUUGGUGGUAGUUCAGUGGUUUUUCUGUCCCUUCUCUCAAACUUCCACUCUCCAUCCACCUUCCCCUGUGCCGUCGUCCCAAGCUCCGGCUCCAUCAGACCAUCACCCUUCCCUCCGCUGCUCCGCCGCCCUCGCCGUCGCGGCCCAGUCUCCACUUUCGAUCUUCCCCCUUCCUGCCCACCUGGUUGCGUUCAUUGGUGGCACUUCAGCAAAGACUUCUCUUUUGGUUAUUGCCUUGCCUGAAGGGUAAGUGUAUAACGCCACUCACUCAAACAGGCUCCUCCCUCCGUCUCCUUUCCGCCAUUUGGAAUCAAAGAUUGUUCCUCUUUCGACUGGUGUUUGAAGAAAGUCAGAACUGAGGGGGCCGAGGAGGACCUGUGAGGUUUUUGGUUAAGUAUGAAUUGGGGUUGUGCUCCAAGUGUUCGAUGAAAUUCCUGAACGAGCUUAAAAUUUUCCGCUACAAUUCCGUUAUCCCUUCUUCCAUUUUCAGUGAAGUAGUGUUAGUUUGUCUGAGGCUUCCAGGUGGAAUUUUGUAGAGUGAUGCUUGCUUGGUUCUGAUUGUGGAGUCUGUAAUCAGCUGGAACUUCUUCUGAUUUCUCACUCUGCUUUCGGUGUCGUCGUUUUACAGGUCCUGAUAUACAUUGAAAUAAAGAGUUCAUUUCGACAGCUGCCAUGGAUGGUAUGUUAAUGCUUCUCUUUUGUUUUGUCUACCUCAAUGAAAUAUAUUGUUUAUAAAGAUGGCAUUUUGAAGGAGUGGAUUUGGAUUUUAUGAAAAAAUCUCAAAAUACACAUGUUUAAAAAAAAAAAAUUCAAAAUACACACGUUAUAAAAAUAUUUCCCAAAAUACACAUAUUUGGGCAUCACCGUUUUUGUCAACCGCAGUGAAUGCAUUCACCGCUGCAGACCAAAGCGGUGAAUGCAUCACCGCGGUUGACGGCCGCGGGUUGACGGCCGCGGUGAAUGCCUGACGUAACACUGAAACUUCAAACAAACGUAACUUUGCGCUUGGUUCUCCGAUUGUAGCGAAUUUUUUUUUUAUUCCACAUAACUUUUCAAGAUAUUUCAAUCUGAAAGAAGACUUCAUCCCCAAAAAAAUUCAUUUGCUACCCCGAACGAGCAAUUUUUCGAUUUUGACAAACUUUGGAAGAUCAUAACUUUGUGCUCCACAAUCCGAAUGUCAUGAAACUUUUUUUGAUUUUGCAUAACUUUUGAAGUACUACAACUUUGAUUAUAACCAUAAUUUUGGAAAGUAUGUGGAUUUGUGAAAAGUAAAGGCAAAGUUAUUCCCAAAAUCCCGUAUACCCAAAAAUACUUCUCUUUUAAAAAAUUAUUUCCUAGUCAAAGUUGUAGUUCUUAAAAAGUUAUGUGCAAAAAAAAAAACUUUACGACAUUCGGAUUGAGGAGCUAAAAGUUAUGUCCUUCCAAAAUUUGGCAAAAUCGAAAAAUUGCUCGUUCGGGGUAACAAACGACAUUUUUUUGAGAUGAAGUCUUCUUGCAGAUUGAAAGAUCUUGAAAAGUUACAUGGAAUCAAAAAAUUUUUUCGCUACAAUCGGAUUUGUUUGAAGUUUCAGUGCUAAGUCGGGCAUUCACCGCGGCCGUCAACCACGGUGAUGCAUUCACCGCUUUGGUCUGCCGCGGUGAAUGCAUUCACUGUGGUUGACAGCAACGGUGAUGCCCAAACAUGUGUAUUUUGAGAAUUUUUUUUAUAACGUGUGUAUUUUGAGAAUUUUUUUUAAAAACAUGUGUAUUUUUGGAAUUCGUCCUGGAUUUUAGUGCUUUCAAUGUUCAGGGUCGUAAACUAUGGAAUGGAAGUAGUUGUUGAGCUUCGUUCCCUUUUCUUUCGGUAUUUUUGCAUAGUGGGAUUUGGGGAACAUGUUCAUGCUCUCUCAUAUAUCGGGUUCCUGGGUGCAUGCUGAACUGCUACCUAACUCACAAAAUCCUUGAUUGAUACCUGGAAAAAGUGUUUUCUUAUUUCUUCUUUGCUUUCAGUUGAUGCGCAGCCAACCAUGGAGGAAACCAUAUUGGUCGGUGAGGACCUAAUGUUGGGGCCACCAUCUCCUCUCAUCCCGAAAGAAAUUGCCUCCCAUGUGGUGGAAGGCCUUGAAUUAUGCGACGGAGUCUUAAAGAAUCUAUUUUUAUGCUUGCAAGUCAAUGACAUCGAACCUUUCUGUCAAGAUGAGCUUUCUCUGUACAGAGAAUGUGCUGAAAAGCGGGAUAAGUUGCUAAGGCAACGCCUUCAAGAUAGUGAACACAAAUUGGGGUUAUCAAUGCCCUUGGAUGAGGCAAAGAAACGAGUUACUCAACUUGAAGCAGAAGCCACAGCUUAUGAUAGGCGCCUGAUUCUUGCCAGUGGAGUUGAAGGCAUGGAAGGCUUUCGCCAAAGAUGGAGCUUCCAUGGUCGUAUGACUGACACCAAGAGACGGCUGGAGGCACUGAAACAAGGGACGGAGAGCAGAAUGCCAGAGUUAGAAAGGGAUGAAUCAACUCCAGAACCCAAGAAAAAAAGUUGGUUUCUCAGGUGAUUUGUUGGGGACAUAUUCCUCUAUGUUUGGGCACCCAAAAGUCGUAAUAUGAGUUUAGUUCCCUCAAUUAUUGAAUUUACUCGUUUAAUCGAAUUCCAACACAGGAUGCAAAUCCUGUGCAAUUGAUCUAUCCUGUUAAUUGAGUUUCAGGAGUGCAAUUGAUUUAUACUGUUAAUUGAGUUUCAGGAAUUUGAUGUGGCUCUAGAUUACAUAAAUUAGAUUAUAGACUAUAUCUCUAAUCACGAGAUGAUCUCUUUUGUAAACAAUUCAUAUCUUCUGUACACAUUGAAUGCUAUAAUAUUUACACAAUAACCAUGAAAGCCUUGGACCGAGUUGAAUCGAUCCGGACCGUAUAAUCCAAACCGAGACCGGACCGGGACCAGAUAGUAAACAAUCCAAUCCAAUUUUUGGGCUUAGAUUUGAGGUAAAAAGCCGUUUGGGACCGGAUCGAAAACUAGAUAAAGACCGGAUAGGAGAGCUCAACACCCAAAACUUAAAGGUAAUUUGCAUAAACAGUCACAAACCUAUGCACUUAACCAACUCCUCACCCUUUCAGGCCUUAGGCCACUCAAAUCCCCACAAGUUCAAUAUAAUAUCAAGACCGAAUUGGGACCGAACCGGGUCAAGACCAGACUGUAUCCAAUCCAAUCCAAUCUUUGGUCCUUAUAUUUUUAAAAAGACCGAAUUGGAUCGGAUCAAUUUGGGCCAAUUUAACCGGACCGUAUAACCAUCCCUACUUGUAUGCACUAGUUUAUUUUUGGGUGGGUUACCCCUACAAACCCAACAGCUAAUGGGUCUGUCGAUUAUCCCAUCGGCCCAAUCCGAGGCCCAAAAGAGCUACAGACUGGAAAUUCAGGGUAGCUUAAUGAACGGUCAGGAUCCGA